AUGGACCUACUUCCUUCCUUUUCUUCGGAAGAAGAGCUUAGCGAAGCCGAAAAACGCAUCCAAAAGGCAAGCAUCUCCGAAAUCGUCAACAAGCAUGGGGUUUGCUCGAGUGCUUUAGUUGCAACUCCAGAUCUUGCUGGCUUGCUUUACCUCUACGACGGGCAAGAGGAGAAGACAAAGCUCGAAACCCAAAGGUUGCCGGAUGAAGCUUACUCAGCUAUCCUCACCACAGGAGGGCUGAGGGAAGCAGAAUAA